AUGGAAGAUAAAGAAACAGAUGGCUUAUGGUCGCCAGUUAUUUCGUUAUUAUUUUGUGAGAAAUCUCUUUCAUUAUUUAAUGAAAAAGAAAAAGAAAGAUGUGUUAAAUUAGAUGAUAAGAAUAAAAAAUUGGAAAUAGAAGAUGCAGGGUGGAUCACUGUUGCUGAGGAAUUGGACAGAAAGGAACCAUUGAUUUUGCCGGAAAGAUUGAAUAAGCCAGGAUCACCUAUAACAACAAUGUUAGAUCUGGAUGAUUUUGAAAAAUAUGGGUAUAAUCCUCUUUCAGAAACAAUGAAAUAUAUUCAUUGCAAAAAUUGUGGGAGAGUGGUUUUACAAAAUGUUUUUUAUAAACACGCAAAACUAUGUAACCAGUUGCAAGAUGAUCCUUCUUCAACAUCUCGAGAAGCAUUUGAAAAGACAAUGAUAGAGCUGCAAAAUGUUUCUAUGAAACGAUCGAAAAAGAGACAUCACUCUGAUGGAGAUUCGGAUACUUCUACAGUAAAUGAUACUAAUAAAGCAUCGAAGGCAGGAAAGUAUGACUAUAAAGAUAAGAAUGAACUUAAAAAGCUUAAAUCUAAGAAUAUUCUUAUUAAGCAAAAAGUUUCUAUUGAUCUAGAAAAGCAAUGUGGAGUUUUGCUUCCAAAUGGUAAUUUAUGUUCCCGUUCCCUCACAUGUAAAUCGCAUUCCAUGAGUGCAAAACGUUCUGUUCCUGGUAGAUCUCGACCUUAUGAUAUUUUGUUGGUCCAUUAUCAAAAGAAAAAUAAAAUUAAACAGCAAAAAGCUGCAACAAUGGCAUCUUCUGUUUUUGAAGAUUAUACAUCGGAUGCAAGACAAGUUGAUUCUGAUGAAGAAGUUACUUUGGUUAUGGAAUCUAUUUUAUGUAGUGCUGCAUGUCCAUUAGAGCGAAAAGUUAUGGUUCCGGUACGUCGAAAACGUCGUUCUUUCCGUUUUCAAGAAAUGCUUUCUGUUGCUCUUUGUCAAGGCCAAUGGCCUGGAAAAAUUCAAGGCUCUGUUAGUGGAAUUCUUGGAAGAGUUAUUCCAUUUCAUGUUAAUUCGGACUGGAAAACUGAUGAAAAUAAUUAA